GCGGUAGUUGGUUAGUUGGUGUCGUUGACGACUCUGAGGUCCACCUAGUCUGUGAGAAUCUCGGCCGGAAGAAGGGAUCUGUUUUGAAGUGUAGAAUUAUUCCCGAUUUACCACCCUCCCGUCCUCGUCUUUGCCUUACCUGCAUCCAGCCAUGGCUGCCAGUGGAGAAACUGGUAACAUUAUUACCACAUACGUAAUCCUCAUAGUUCUUCUCUUUGCCUUGUGGAUACUGUAUGCUGGACUAUUAUAAAACGUGCGUAUGCACAUCAUGGACGGUGGGAUGAGGUAGGUGUGUGAGGUGAUGCCACAAUGGAGAAAGGCCGACAUUCUGGGACUAGAAGUGGGACUGGGGGCGGCAGCGGGGGCGGCGGAGGCGGCGCUCCUGUGUGUCGAAUCUGCGGCCAAGGCCAUGCCGCCCACGAGCCCCACGUUUAUGACUACGCUGAGGAAGUCGAUGAGGAUCUCACGUGUCACAUUUGUCUGCAACCUUUCGUGACACCUUUGGAUAUCCCUUGCGGACACACUUUCUGCGGAGCCUGUCUCAACAACUACCUCCGCGUCCAGCAGCUGUGCCCCAUCGACAGGCAACCUCUGACGGCGCAGCUGUGUUCCCCGUCCAGCAUCGUUCUGCGAAAACUCUUAGAAAAACUGUCUGUCAAAUGUCCAAAUCGAAAUUGCUGUGAUAAAAUUCUACCACGCGGCGAUCUUGAAGAUCAUUUGAGUCAGAGAUGCCCUGGAGCGAUUGCAGUUGCUGUGAAGCCACACCCGAACGCUCCUGCGUCUUCUCAGCGUCCCGUCAGCACGGCUCAGUCAUCACCGUCGAAGCAAGGGGACGCCACUGGUCGCAGUAAAGGUAGGAUCGCAGACGUUUCGGUUAAUACCUUUUGCUAACCGUUAAGUGCGAAC